AUGUUCGAUUAUAUCAACCCAGCUAUCUUGCCUCUCGGCUUCUUUUUCUUUUUCUGCUCUGUGAUUGGAGUGAUUGGUAACACAAUUAUGGUUUUUUGCACUAUUAGGACAAAACGGUUCCGAUCCCCGUGCCACCUCUUAAUUUGUGCAACUUGUGUUGCCGAUUUGCUCCAUGUCUGCGGCCAAUUCCCGUUUUGUGUCCAUCUUUUUGGGAAUCUCACAUCCUCCCAAGCUCAAUGCUUCUAUAUCCUCACUAUCCCGAUUGUUGGCUUCACCACGGGCGGUCCCUUGAUUCUGAGUAUGGGAAUUGAUAGAUUGAUUGCUGUGAAAUUUCCAACAAAAUAUCGGUAUUAUCAAGAAGAGCCAAGAAACUAUGUGAUUGCUCAAUUAGCAUUUCCGGUUCUCUAUAGUAUUGCUUUCCUGGUUUACGGAUUCCUCGUGAGGGAUACGGAUGUGAAAAAUCAAAUGGUCUGCUCCAAUCCCCUUUCUCUAAACGGAUACUCUUUUCAAAUGUUCACUUAUACCAGUGGAAUCAUCUACAUCGCAGUCUUUUUCAUCUACCUUUCAGUUUAUGUCAUGCUGAAAUCCAAUAAAGCUAGUGCCCGAUUCAAAAAUGUGUUCCGUUCCAUUCUUGUGACAGUUGGUUUUGUGUUGCUAGGAUGGGUGACCACUACAACAGCAAACACUUUGUCGUAUUCUAUCACAGAUGAUUUGCUAACCAUCCAACUUAUUCAAAUGUAUGCAGGGAUUACUGUAAACUUUGCGGCGGCUUCAAAUGUCUUUGUUUUCUAUGCGAUCAAUUCCGAGUACCGUGCAGUGAUCCAAUCAAUGUUUGGAAUCCGCAAGAAGGGCGGAAUGAUUUUCGAGCCAUCCAGCACCCAGACAGUCACCAAAGUGGUCCCCCGUUCAGUAUCCCAGCCAUCUGUGAUGUUUCAACAGUCACCUGCAGCAGCUGCUCGUCGGAUGACAGUUGUCUGA